AGUUGAGUUCGAUACACCUUUACAAUAUUUUUUUUGUAAUUUGUUUGUAAUUUACUGUGGUAAUUUACGUUUACAAGUUUUAGUAAAUUUUAAACUAAAUCAAUAUAAUAUUAAGAGUUGACAAUGAACAAAGACGGCACCAGGUGUGGUGCUGCGGGUCUUAGACGUUCAGCAAUAGUUGAAAGACUGCGGCUUAGAGAAGAGUGGUCGGAGUUGAAAGAGAUCCCCAACAAAACAGAGAUCACACAGAAACCUAGAACGAAAGCUAGGAAACAGCACAAUACUAAUACAGUACUUAAGACACAUAAAAAUACUACAGCAAACAAGAUUAUUAGUAGGAGUGAUAAAUCUAAAGAAGUGAGUGAGAUACUGCGAGGCAUAGUGGUGCUGGUGGAGGUGGGGUCGGAGCCCCGCGCUCUGCCGCUGCGGGCCGCCUUAUCAGCCCUAGGAGCGUCCGUGGUGCCGGUCUGGAGCCCCCUGGUCACACAUCUAGUUUGGACGCAAGGUGGUUGCAGAAGCACCAGAGCAAAAGCCAGGGUGUUAGGAUGCAGUCUCGUGUCUCCACUCUGGGUGGAGGCCUGUGCAGUACAAGGCAGGAAGCUUUCAGAAAAGAUCUUUCCCGCAUCCACUAGGCCUUCCGACCUGCCCUCUCCUGCUACUCUGAGACGGUUCCUGAAAAAAGCGGAGCAAGAGAACAUACCGCUCCACAACCUCCUAAACGACAGUUCAGAAGCGGACAAGAGACCCACACUGCGCCUGUCUAGCGACACCAGUCGCGACACCAGCCACGACACUAGUCGCGACACCAGCCGUGACACGUCCAAAGACACUUCCCACGAUGCUACCGACAUAGAAAGCCGCGUGAACACCGCACCGAAGCGCAGGGCUCUGGUGUCCACUAACACACAAAGACCCGUCAAGUCCAAGAGAAAACUGUUCACUCAAAAGGAACCUGAAUUGCAGACCACAGAUGAGGAUAUUGACGAUGAAACGGCUGGCCCUAAAAACAUGCAACCGUCAAAAAUAACACAACAGGACAGAAAAGACCUGGCCAAAGCGGAACGCAUGGCCAGACUGCUGAUGGGGACUUGCAAAACUAUACAGACAAUCAAACCCACGCAGUACAAUAAACCACCAAGAAUUGUGUUAACAGGCAUGUCUCGCGUGGAACGCUGCGAGGCGUGGCAAGCUAUCAAACAACUGAACGGAAAAGUCCAACAAUAUGUAGACAGAAAAACCACACACGUCAUCAUGGGCUCAUGUCAAAAAAGCCAAGAUAUUUUGGAAAAUGCGGUUUUCAGUAAACCCAGAACUGUUAAUGCAUUAUUAGGGGCGGCUAGAGGCUGCAGGGUUGUAACAUUAGAUUGGGCGAAAGAUUCGCUUAAGGCGAAUCGGUGGUUGCCCCAUAAUAUCGGAUAUGAAAUACGACACUUGAAAAAAAUUAGUCAGAAAGCACGUGUCGAACGGUCUGCCCUCAACAAAUUGCAUUCUGAGUACGCUUACGAUGUUUUCAACGGGAUGCGAGUGAAAAUAUCACCGGACGCCGACCAAAAAGACGCCAUAGCACAACUUUUGACACUCUGUGGCGCUGUAAUCCAAAACGAGGACCAACCAAAUGUCGAAACUACUCAAAAAAGCGGCAAAAAUGGUGCCAAAAUCAAAUUCAGCGAUCUCAUCUCUCGAAUCAAAAACCAGAGUGGCAGAAAAAAUUACCAGUUGACACAAAAUGGCCGGCGAAUUGGUGCGCAAACUCAAAAUAGCCAACAAGUACAAGAUGGUGCAACUUUGACAGCUGAUUUUGAUUUGACAGUUGGUAAAGGAAAAGGUGAAGUCAGUUCAAAAUGGGUUUUCGAUAGCGUUGCGGCAGCUAGGAUGAGAACUACGCGACGGUAUAUAAACGACUAGCUUUUACACGUGGUUUUGUCUUUUUUGCCAUAUUUCGCUCACCAGUAUCCAAAAUGAAAACCACAUUGAAUAAGAUAAGAAUGAUCAACUGACACGAAACGGCCGGCGAAUUCAAGAUGGCGGAACUUUGAAAGCUCAUUGACGGAUUUUGACUUGACAGUUGGUAAAGGAAAAGGUGAAGUCAGUUCAAAAUGGAUUUUGUAUAGCGUUGCGGCCGCUAGGACGAGAACUACCAGACGGUAUUUUAUAUGACUAGUUUUUAUACAAGUUUUUUUUUUUGAGUUUUGUCUUCACCAUAUUUCGCUCACCAGCAUUCAAAAUGGCGAACAAAUUGAAAAACAAAAAGAGGCCAUUACACAACUUUUGACUCUGGCGCUGCUAUUUCGUAGAGCGUUGUCUCUAUCGACAAAACGUCACAUAUGUAUGAGUGACAGAGACAACGCUCUACAAAGCCGAAAUCUCAUUCUAAAAGUCGAUGUACAAUAUUUCUUGCCGGCGAAGUACUCACAUUGAUUUUAGUUUCAAAAACGCGCAACGGUUUACAGUUACAAAAAUGUGUUUCUCAGACUUGGGCGCGUUUGGAACCCUCGUAGCUUUAGUGUUAAGUUUACGUAAUUAUUUAUCACCACUAUAUCAACUUUCAAGUCUAACAAAUUGGAUAAACAGGUGUACAAUAGUACCUAUUUUGAAUAAAUGAUUUUGACUUUGCGGCAGGUUCGCAAACCACGUACAGUUAUUGUAAUUCACGAAGGCGAGUGGCUUAUGCUUGUGUUUAAGUCAUAUUGGUAUAAGUAAGAUGUGACGACGUUUGUGAGUGCUUGCUCGCGACUGAUGCUCGGUCCGACAUGCACGCACACUUACGCAAUGCCCAUGUUAUACGACGUAACCACAAGUAAAGUUCACUCGCAUUCGUGAGUUGCAAAAACUACAUACUAUGGUUUUUGGUUGCAACAUGCAACGGUUACAGCUCGCUCAUGAGGACCCGGCCGAUAUCUCAAAUCUAUAUUGUAAAUAAAUAUUUUGUAAGAAUUUUUUGUAUAGGUAUUUAAGAACAAGGGAUUAAAUUAUUGAUUAGUUAUGUGCAUAUUUUAUGCGUCCGAACUAACAAAGGAAAAAAAAUCCACCAUAUUGUGACAUCUCAACGUAUUUAAUAAUAAUUAAUUAAUUAAAAUUUGCCCUGCAAACCCAUCGACAAUAAAUUUAGUAUUGAAUCCAUAUACCUACGUCAUAUUAUUAUUAUGAUUGAAUCAAAAUACAUAUUUUUCUAGCUAAGAACUAGAGAACAAUAGAAAUAUUUUUAUUCAAAUAAACUUUUACAAGUACUUUUGAAUCAUCAAAUACAUAGGUAAACCAUUCGUUCGGAAUUCUUUUUGUACCGAGAAGAACUAGCAAGAAACUCGACGGUUUCUCUAUUUUCAUAUAAUCAUAGAUUCAAUUUACAGUAUUAUGCCUUUACUACAAGUAAUUGCAAUCCUGCGCGUUACUGGACCGAUCUUAGAUGUCACAACAUGGCGGAAACCCUUUUCCCUUUAUUACUUCGGAUGCAGUAUACAUACAUAUAAUACGCGACAGGUUGAAAUGGCAAUCGGGGACGCCUAGAACACCCGCGCUAACCUGAUGCGGCGAGCGCAGGUGUACAAGGCAUCCCACGCCUCAUACCCCGAUUGCCAUCUCAACCUGUCGCGGAAUAUACCUAGUUUUGUAAACAGAGAUGAAAUAAACUUUUUAUUUG